ACCGGAAGACGGAAGAAAAUUAAUGACGUAGCGGUCGCAAGUCUGUCGAUGUUAAAGGUCCUGUAUUAUAUGAGUUUUGAUAAAAACACAGACGCAACUGGACUGGAUUUUUCAUUUGCAAGUUCAAUUGCAGUAUUUUGUGAUUUUCCUAUAAAAGAUGCCUAGAGGUAGCAGAAGUCGAACAUCAAGGAUGGCUCCCCCAGCCAGCCGGCCAUCUCCACCACCCAUGGCGAGAGCUCCCCCUCCUCCCCCGCCAAUGGCAAGAGCUGCACCUCCUCCGUCAAUGCCUGCACAUGCACCUCCAUCUGCCAUGGCUCCCCCGGCUCCAAGGGAACCUGGGAUGUUUGCCCGCAUGGCAACCACAGCAGCAGGGGUAGCGGUGGGGUCGGCGGUGGGGCACACGAUUGGACACGCCAUGAUGGGAGGUGGUGGUGGUGGUGGUGGUGGAUCAGCGAGCUCUGAGCAAGCCAGGCCUGACAUCACCUAUCAGGAACCUUACGCCCAAGCCCAGCCUAUGUACCAGCAGCCGCCGCCCAUGUACCAGCCCCAGUCGAUGUACCAGCAGCCAGAGCCCGUUUUCCAGCAGGCGGAAAGCCCCUGCGCCUUGGAGCUGAAGCAGUUCAUUGAGUGCGCGCAGACCCAGAGUGACCUCAAGCUAUGCGAGGGCUUCAGCGAGGUUCUCAAGCAGUGCAAGUUCUCCAACGGAUUGUAAUGAAGAUAAAACAAAGAAACGGCCAUCGAUCCACGCACAUUAAAAAAAAA